AGCGAGCUAUUCCAAAGGACUCUGAAAAAUUACCUAAAAAAAAAAAACAUUGACCUACACAUAUUUAAUCCUUCCGCUGAUUGUUAUCAAUGUUCUCUCCUUCACAUUCUUCCAUCUCUUCGAAAGUCGCUUCUCCGCCACCACACUACAGUGAUAUAUCCUAUCCUCUUACCCCAGAGGACAUUCAGUUUGAUUUUCAGCUUUCUGAUGACGAGAUCGAGAAAUCUGAUCACGAUACAGACCCACCACCAGGAAUGAGCGAACAUGAUAUGGUUUAUUUUGCCAUUCACCGACCGCUUCGUAUCAGUGCAAGUAAUCCACAGUACAUACAGAAUCUCGAAUUAGACACCGUUUGUUACGCAAUCGACGAUUCCACAGAAGGCGACGCAUCCACAUCAAUAGCAUCUACGUCCAACAAAAGUACCAUGCAAUUCACAGGGGCUGAAUUACCUGACAUGAUGAAUAGAUAUCCAAACGCAAUAUUUUAUAUUCUUCAACACCCGACUUGGGCUGAACCUGAACAACUGCAAGAUCUUUUCAAUCAGUACCCUGAUUCCGUAGUAUACUAUGUCCCUAGGCCAAGCUAUCUACCUCGGGUAGAACCCAGUGCACAAUCAGACGAUGUCAAACACUAUGAUUGAACUAGACCGACGAGGUUAUGACCUCACACCUUUUUGCAUAUACCCGUGUUUUUGAUUUUAAUUGCCAGCUGUAUAUAACUGCCAUAUAUUAUUUACCAACAGAGAAUCAUUUUGAAACCUCCAUACAAAUGUAAUAAAAACGAUUUGAGCCAUUCAAAAAAAGUC